AUGAGGAGCGUCAACCAUACAGGGAUAAGAGAGUUUGUUUUUCAAGGUUUCUCCAAUUUUGGAGAGCAUCAGCUCACACUCUUCGUGGUGUUCCUCACUCUGUACAUGUUGACCAUAGCAGGUAAUGUCAUAAUUGUGACCAUCAUCCGGAUUGACCAUCAUCUGCACACCCCCAUGUACUUCUUCUUAAGUGUCCUUUCCACUUCAGAAACCUUCUACUCUUUGGUCAUUAUCCCUCGCAUGCUUUCCAGCCUCAUAGGCUUGAGUCAGUCCAUCUCCCUGGAGGGCUGUGGGACUCAGCUCUUUUUCUUCCUUGGCUUUGCCAUCACCAACUGUCUCCUGCUAGCAGUUAUGGGUUAUGAUCGUUAUGUGGCUAUCUGUAACCCUCUUCGUUACUCAAUCAUCAUGAAUUGGAGGGUCUGCACCAUACUGGCAUCCUCGGUCUGUGCCACAGGAUUCUCUCUUUCACUAGUUCAGGCAGUGGCUAUUUUCAGACUACCCUUCUGUGACUCAUUAAUCGAACAUUUCUUCUGUGAUGUUCGCCCUGUACUGGAUCUGGCUUGUGUUAUUCCAAUCAUCAAUGAUAUCUUUACCUUAAUUAUCAGCCUUCUGGCCAUCACUGUCCCAGCCACUUUUAUCUUCGUCUCUUACGUCCUCAUCAUUUCCACCAUUGUCAAGAUUGCCUCCGCUGAAGGCCGGAAGAAGACGUUCUCCACCUGUGCCUCCCACCUCACAGUGGUCAUUAUUCACUAUGGCUGUGCCUCCAUUGCUUACUUCAAGCCCAAAUCAGAGAACACCAAAGACCAGGAUCAGUUAAUCUCAGUGACUUACACUGUUAUAACUCCCUUGUUGAACCCUGUUGUGUACAGUCUGAGAAAUAAAGAGGUUCAGGAUGCACUACGCAGAGUGAUGGGCCAGAAAUCACUUUCAUAA